CAUUCUCAUCUUUCCCGUUUCUGAUCUCUUCCAUAUCUCUCCACGAAGCUUCGUUCACAGAGCCGGGCAAAGGGGGAGAGAGACGGAGAGACAGAAAAAAACUAGAGGGAAAUAGAACUCAAAGCAAGCUUAUAAAGGCUCUGUCUUCACUCAUUCUCUUGUGCGUUCCUCUCGUUCUGCUCCUUCCUUCCCCUUUUGUGCUGUAACAGCGCUCGUAAAUAAGUCUCAUAUUUUUCUUCGGCCGCCAUCAUGAUCUCCUCUAAUAGCUGCAGUUUCCUGAGCAACACAGGAGUAGGUGGGUCUUGCAGUGGGUUCUCCGAUGUGCAGAGAAGACGUUCAGGUCCUUCGAUAGUGUGUAUGGCUCAAAGCAGCAGGACUAAUGAUCGAAAUGCCAGUGUUGCGGUGGAGACCAAGUUAAAUGGAAUUAAUGACGAUUCUGUGGUGGCCGACGUGAACGGUAAACCCACCAUAGGCGGCGGCGUUCAGGACGCAUAUGGCGAGGAUAUAGCUACAGAGGAUCAGUUUGUUACGCCGUGGAGUGUCUCUGUUGCUAGUGGAUAUACUUUGUUGCGAGAUCCACGUCACAACAAAGGGCUUGCCUUCACCGAGAAAGAGAGGGAUGCCCACUACUUGCGCGGUUUACUUCCCCCAACAACUAUUGCUCAAGAUACUCAGGUGAAGAAAAUGAUCCGACAUAUACGCCAGUAUCAGGUUCCAUUGCAGAAGUACAUGGCAAUGAUGGAUCUUCAGGAGCGAAAUGAAAGGCUGUUUUACAAACUUCUUAUUGACCAUGUUGAGGAGUUACUUCCAGUUGUCUAUACCCCAACUGUAGGAGAAGCUUGCCAGAAGUACGGUAGCAUAUUUAUGCGCCCUCAAGGUCUUUAUAUCAGUCUGAAAGAAAAGGGGAGGGUUCUUGAAGUUCUAAGGAAUUGGCCUCAGAAAGACAUUCAAGUCAUUGUUGUAACUGAUGGAGAGAGGAUCUUGGGUCUUGGAGAUCUUGGUUGUCAGGGAAUGGGAAUACCAGUGGGGAAACUUUCUUUAUAUACGGCACUUGGAGGAGUCCAUCCAUCUGCUUGCCUGCCUAUUACCAUUGAUGUGGGUACAAAUAAUGAGACGUUGUUAAAUGAUGAACUAUAUAUUGGGCUUAAGCAAAGACGAGCAACUGGGCAGGAAUAUGCUGAACUUAUCCAUGAGUUUAUGACAGCUGUCAAGCAAAAUUAUGGGGAGAAGGUCCUCAUUCAGUUUGAAGACUUUGCAAACCACAAUGCGUUUGAUCUACUUGAAAAAUAUAGUUCAACUCAUCUUGUAUUUAAUGAUGACAUUCAGGGGACAGCAUCAGUGGUCCUUGCUGGAUUAGUUGCUGCCCUGAAAGUAGUUGGAGGAAAUUUAGCUGACCACAGAUUCUUAUUCCUUGGUGCUGGAGAGGCUGGCACUGGAAUAGCAGAACUCAUAGCUCUUGAAAUUUCUAAACAGACAAAUGCCCCACUUGAGGAAGCACGCAAGAAUAUCUGGCUGGUUGACUCAAAGGGAUUGAUUGUCAGUUCCAGAAAAGAAUCGCUCCAACAUUUUAAGAAACCGUGGGCUCAUGACCAUGAACCAGUUAACAAUCUAUUAGAUGCUGUGAAUAAAAUUAAGCCGACAGUGUUGAUUGGGACAUCUGGACAAGGGAAAGCCUUCAGGAAAGAGGUUGUUCAAGCUAUGGCCACCAUUAACAAGAGACCUAUCAUUUUUGCUCUCUCCAAUCCAACAUCUCAAUCAGAAUGUACUGCUGAAGAAGCAUAUAAAUGGAGCAAGGGGCGUGCUGUUUUCGCUAGUGGAAGCCCAUUUCCUCCUGUUGAGUAUGAGGGAAAAGUGUUUGUGCCUGGCCAGGCCAACAAUGCUUACAUCUUUCCUGGAUUUGGUCUUGGCUUAAUAAUGUCUGGGACAAUCCGAGUACAUGAAGACCUGCUUCUGGCAGCCUCGGAAGCUUUAGCUGCACAAGUGAGCCAAGAGAACUUUGACAAGGGGCUCAUAUUCCCACCCUUCACUAACAUCAGAAAGAUUUCAGCUCAUAUAGCUGCUAAUGUUGCUGCCGAGGCUUAUGAGCUCGGCCUGGCCACCCGCCUUCCUCAACCAAAAGAUUUGGUGAAUUAUGCUGAGAGCUGUAUGUAUUCCCCUUUAUAUCGUGGCUACCGGUAAAGCCACGACACAACACAUCAAGGACUUUAUCAUUUCUUGGUUUGAUCAUGUAAUCAUUAUACUGUCAUUUUUUGGUUUUUUUUUUUUCCUUCACUCAGAAAAUGCCCUAAUUCAUGUUCUGUGGGUAAGUGAUUGGGUCAUCAUGGGUUAACUAGGUGGGUGCUGGUAGUUGUAGUUGGACUUGAGUGAAUCAGUUAAUUGCCCAAAGAUGUUGUGUAGUUGUACUAUUACAUAUUCAAAAUUUCAAAAGUAAAGCACAUCUCAAAAUCAAAAAGCCUUUCAAGUA